AUGCCAACUGGCAAAGGGGAAGAAUCAAAGCAUCGUUUAGCAGUUCCGUCCGCAAGCACCUCCAGAACUUCUCCGUCUCCAACAGCAGCCCUUAGAGUCGAAAGGGAAACAUCGUCCCGGACUAAAAGCGAAUCAUCCGCGUCCACGCCAAGGGGAACUGUUCAGGCACCUCUUAGUUCGAGGCCAAGUCCACUGAUAAAAAUCAGUCGCCUGCCAUCCAAAGCUAAAAGCGAAACAUCCCUGACCACUGCAGUCGGACGCACUAAGGCAACCAUUAGCACAAGAUCUAGUCCGAUUUCCACGCGAGCUAAUACAAAAACGGCCCAAAAUAUGACAGACGCGGCCUUAAUCAAGUUUAUUGCGGUCACUGAUCGGCUAAGUCAGUUUGAGGCAAAAAUAAACACUCCUGGAGGCUCUGACCCGUCUCUCUAUACGUGCCAGGUCCGUCGGGACCAAGUGCGAGCCUUGUGGGACAAGGUUGAAAAAGAGUACGAGGUCGGCUCAACAAUAAUCUCGGAAGCCGGUUCAAUGGAAACCAUUUCAGUUAUGCAGUCCAAGUACGACUAUUGUUACAUGGUAUAUGAGAGAUGCGCCGCUAAACUUAGCGAGCAAAUCGAUACCGCUAACGCCCAAAAUAGACCAUCCGCUCAGUCCACCAUUCCGACAUAUGUUCCCACCGGGUGUCGCUUACCUCCUUGCGACACUGAAAUCUUCAGCGGAGAUUACAUACGUUGGCCCACAUUUCGAGACCUCUUUACCGCAAUUUACAUAAAUAAUCCUAGGUUAUCAGAGGUCGAGAAAUUAUUCCAUCUCAAUGCGAAAACCAGCGGUGAGGCUCAGGCGAUUGUAUCGAAGUCACCUUUGACUAACGAUGGCUUCCGAUCAGCCUGGGCCAAUCUGACUGAGCGUUUUGAGAACCGAAAAUUGUUAGUCAACAGCCAGCUCAAGAUUCUUUUCAACCUGCAGCCAAUCUCCCAAGAGUCUGGGACGGCAAUUAAGGAACUUCAGAGCACCAUUCAAGGUUGCUUAACAGCUCUGGAGUUAUCCGAAAUCAACAUAGAAAACUGGGACUGUAUCCUCGUGUUCCUAUGUUCCUCCAAAUUACCCAAAUUAACACUCUCCUUAUGGGAACAGUCCAUCUCCAGAAAAAACGACAUCUCAUCUUGGCUUGAGAUGAACGCCUUUCUCUUAGAACGCUAUCGCACUCUCGAAGCGAUAGAAGAGCUUAAGCCAAGCGCAAAUACUCCAGCGCACUCCAGAAUUGUUCGAACAGAACCUCCUACCACUAGAAGGCUUAACUCAUUUGAGAAUAAGGUCGCUAACAAGCCGCAAGCCUGCAAAUUGUGCUCCAGGGAGAAUCACCCUAUCCGUCUGUGCCCACGAUUUCUCCAAAUGCCCGUCAGCGAACGGGCAACUUACAUCAAACAGCAAAAACUAUGUUUAAACUGUUUCGCUAGGGGUCAUCAGUUAAGGGAUUGCACAAGUGCUCACAAUUGUUUUACGUGCAAAGGUCGUCACAAUACGCUCUUGCAUCGUAGUGACACUCCACAAUUGAGCCCUACGGUAGUCUCCAUGCCACAAGCAACAGCUCCCUCCAAUCAAUCCAUACAGUCCACUCCAUCCCAACAAACGAAUGUUCACAAUUAUGUUGCAAUUAACACCCACGGUGUUCUCCUAAGCACGGCUGUUAUAUAUGUUCGCCAUUUGGGUGUAAAUUAUACAGCUCGUGCACUGAUCGACUCGGGAUCAGAGGCAACAUUUAUUUCCGAGCGACUCUUCCACCUGAUAAAGCUGCCGUAUAAAUCCGUACAGGCACAAGUAUCGGGAUUAAAUCAAGCUGUUGCAGCCCAGCCUCGCAAGCUCUGCCAUUUUAAUAUUGGCUCUCCUUCCAAGCCUCGUAUCCAAAUCGAAGCAUCAGCCUACGUCCUACCACAUUUGGCAGGGAAUCUACCAUCAUGUUCGAUCCCACAAAGUUUAUUGACAACCCUGCCAAAACUCCAGUUAGCGGACCCUAAUUUCCACAAGAGUUCGCAGAUAGAUGUGCUGAUUGGCGCUGAUAUCCUACCGUCCAUACUAACGGGCGGCUCCCAUCCUAAUAUAUGUGGCACGUUGCUGGGCCAGGAAACUAUUUUCGGGUGGAUUUUAACAGGCCCAGUUUCAAAGACCGCAUCCACCACAAUCUCGUCAUUCUCGACUCGAAUAUCUGUCUCUCAAGAAGAGCAGUUAGACGUCAUUCUCACAAAAUUUUGGGAGGUGGAGGACAUUCCAGUCAAACUGGUAAAGAGCUCCGACUCUUUUUGUGAGAGUAAUUUCAUCCGAACAACAACAAGGAACGAGAAUGGCAGAUAUGUAGUCACCCUACCUUUCCAAGAACCUAAUCACAUAGACUUAGGACAUUCAAGAUCUAUCGCACUAGCUCAGUUUCUAAAGAACGAGAAUCGUUUAAAAAGAAACCCUCCUUUGAAAGAGCAGUACGACUCCGUGAUUCGGGAGUACUUCGACUUAGGUCAUAUGACACAAGUCUCUCCAAACAGCAACCCCAAUAAUUUUUACUUGCCGCAUCAUGCUGUUUUUAAGCCCGACAGCACCACAACAAAGGUUCGCGUUGUGUUUAACGCCUCCAGCCCGUCUUCCAAUGGCAAAAGUCUAAAUGAUCAUCCUACACACGGGACCAGUACUCCAAUCCGAUUUGACGAUUCAGAUACUAAAGUGGCGAUUCUACCGCUACGUUUUCAAUGCCGAUAUAACUAA